GGAGAUUUGAAGUUUUAGCUUUACUUCUAGAGGAGCCAAUACUUAAUAGAGGUGCAAAGUGAAGGGUUGUUUGCACUUGGGGUUCUAGAUUGGGACAAUCUCUAGUCAUUGGACCCAUUUCUUUUACUUGGAGGUGGUACUGAGUCUAAUACAUGACUUUUCUCUCUAUCUUUCUUCUGCCAGCAAGCUCAAACCAUCUCUGACCGUGGAGGAAAACCGUGAGCUCCUUGGUCAGUGCUUCAAAAGUUUAUUUCCCCUUCCUCCCUUGGAGAAGAUGAAAGAGGAAGACGGGACAGCAAAGGAUGCUCUGCAUAUACAACAGAAGAUGACAGAGCUGGAUAAGCGGAACUGCUGCCUUCAAGAAAUCAGACAGACGGAGGAGAAGUACACAGAUACACUAGAAUCCAUCUACCAGCACUUUAUGAAGCCCCUGCAGAGAUUUCUAAAGCCCGAGGACAUGAAGAACAUUUUCAUCAACAUCGAGGACCUCGUGAAGGUGCAUCGAUUCUUCUUGGAUGACCUGAAGAACGUCCUGUCCUUCAGCAAUGCCCAGAACCUCUACCAGGUCUUUAUCAAGUACAAGGAAAGGUUCCUGCUCUAUGGCAGAUACUGCAGUCAGGUGGAAGCCGCCAUCCGGUGUCUGGACCAAGUGGCUGGUUCCAGCAUGGACGUGAGGAUGAAGCUGGAGGCCCUCAGCACACUGAGCAUCUCCCCCUGCCAACGCUGGACUGUCCUGCACUCCUGUUGUGUAGGAAUGCUCCCAGCGAGCCAACAAUGGGCGCUUCACCCUGCGUGACCUGCUGAUGGUGCCCAUGCAACGGGUGCUGAAAUACCAUCUGCUCCUGCAGGAGCUGGUGAAACAUACGGUGGAGCCGUCAGAAAAGGAGAACUUGCGGCUGGCGCUGGAUGCCAUGCGGGACCUGGCACAGUGCGUGAACGAGAUCAAGAGAGACAAUGAGACCCUGAAA